AUUUAAAAAAAAAAGUCAUGGUGUGAGAGAGUUACCGGAUACAUCUACCACAACACAAAUGUUAUGUUCACACAUAUUUUUUUAGUACAAUUUUCAAUUUCCAUUUUCCAUUUUCUACCAUUAGUUCUCGCAUCAUCUUCAAUUGUUCAAGAAUUCAACCAACAUUGAACAACGAUUUAAUCCCAUGAGAGAGAUGAUUAUCAACUAGAAUAAUCAAUUUUCUUCUUUGAAUAAAUAAAAACUAAUAAAUAAUUUUCUCUCGAUUAUUUAACGGAUCCGACCGUCAGCUCAGACCUCUUGUAAAGAAACUAUGGCUACCGCAACCGUCGGAUCUAUUCUUUUCGUCAUCUUCUUCACUGCCAUUUUCAUCUCUUCGCCUGUUUUCGCCAACGAAUCGGAUCAUAAGUAUGAAGCAGGUGAACGAGUAACUCUUUGGGUGAACAAGGUCGGUCCAUAUAACAAUCCACAAGAAACUUACAACUACUACAGCCUUCCAUUUUGUCGGCCAUCUGGAUAUUCCGGCCACAGGUGGGGUGGCUUGGGUGAGGUUCUUGGUGGAAAUGAACUUAUUGAUAGCCAAAUUGAUAUCAGGUUUGGAAAAAAUAUUGACAAGACAACCAUCUGUAAACUUGAACUUGAUCCUACCAAAGUCAAGGAGUUCAAAGAUGCAAUCGAAAAUUCUUACUGGUUUGAAUUCUUUAUCGAUGAUUUACCAUUAUGGGGUUUUGUGGGAGAGAUGCAUGUCGAUAAAAAUCUGGAUAGUGCUAAACAUGUUCUAUACACAAACAAGAAUUUUAUCAUCAAAUAUAACGGCAAUCAGAUCAUUCAUGUUAAUCUCACUCAGGAUGGCACCAAGCUAGUGGAAGAGAAGAAGGUGUAUGACUUGACAUACACCGUCACUUGGAUUCCAACUAAUGUCACUUUUGCCAAGCGUUUUGAUGUAUACUUGGACUAUCCCUUCUUUGAGCACCAGAUUCAUUGGUUCUCCAUCUUCAAUUCAUUCAUGAUGGUCAUCUUCUUGACUGGGCUGGUAUCUAUGAUAUUGAUGCGUACUCUUAGAAAUGACUAUGCCAAGUAUGCUCGAGAAGAUGAUGAUUUGGAAACUAUGGAAAGGGAUGUAAGUGAAGAGUCUGGUUGGAAACUUGUUCAUGGGGAUAUUUUCCGUCCUCCUCGUGGUUUAGCUCUGCUUUCAGCUGUUGUUGGUAUUGGGGCACAGCUGGCGACUCUGGUUCUCCUUGUCAUCAUUUUGGCCAUUGUUGGAAUGCUUUAUAUAGGGAGGGGAGCCAUUGUUACAACAUUCAUUGUUUGUUAUGCCUUGACAUCGUUCAUAUCCGGUUAUGUAAGCGGUGGAAUGUACUCUCGAAAUGGUGGUAAAAGCUGGAUAAAGACAAUGAUAUUGACAGCCUCUCUUUUCCCAUUCUUAUGUUUUGGUAUUGGGUUCAUCUUGAACACUAUUGCUAUAUUCUAUGGAUCUCUGGCUGCCAUUCCCUUUGGGACUAUUGUUGUAGUAUUUGUCAUUUGGGCUUUUAUCUCCUUUCCUCUUGCACUCCUUGGCACUGUCAUCGGAAGAAACUGGAGUGGAGCUCCAAACAACCCAUGUCGGGUUAAGACUAUCCCUCGGCCUAUUCCUGAAAAGAAAUGGUAUUUAACUCCGUCGGUGAUAUCUCUUAUGGGAGGAUUGCUUCCCUUUGGAAGCAUCUUCAUUGAGAUGUAUUUUGUUUUCACGUCUUUCUGGAAUUACAAGGUUUACUAUGUUUAUGGUUUCAUGCUCCUCGUAUUCUUGAUUCUCAUAAUUGUUACUGUCUGCGUGACAAUUGUGGGGACAUAUUUCUUACUGAAUGCCGAAAACUACCACUGGCAAUGGACUUCAUUCUUUUCUGCUGCUUCCACCGCUAUCUAUGUCUACCUUUACUCAAUUUACUAUUAUCAUGUGAAGACCAAGAUGUUCGGAUUUUUCCAGAUCAGCUUUUAUUUUGGUUACACGUUGAUGUUCUGCUUGGGGUUAGGGAUUCUUUGCGGGGCAGUUGGAUUCCUGGGCUCAAAUCUUUUUGUACGAAGGAUCUACAGAAACAUAAAGUGCGACUAAUUUAUGCAGCGUCUCCUAACCAAAUACAUACUUGCAUUAUGUUAAAUCUGUUGCUGUUACAAACUUGGAAAGUUGAUUCCUGUUCGGGCAAUGGAUACCAGAGAAUUGCUUCAUCAAGUUCGGAAAUAUGGAUUUUUAGGAUAGAUAUGGCGAAGCUAAGCUUUGUGAGAAUAUGUACUUUUUUGUCACACAACAUGCAAAAUUUUCAUUGCAACUCUAGCUGUUAUACUGCAAUGAAAGAUAUGGGAUUUUGGCCAAUACAUUUUGUUUCUUUCUCAUACCGUAAUACUCCCUCUGUCCCUAUAAGAGAGCACUAUAUGACUCAUUCUUAUAGACUUCCUAGAGGGAGUAUAUGUAUUCCUACAAGAUUGACAAGAGUUCUCAAUCUCAGUUAUUUCCCAAAAAGGAAGAAACUGAAAAGAAAGUGUGGGUUUUUAAAUAUCUUGCAUAAGUAAUCAUAUACCCUAUCUGUCUUUUUGAUUUUGCUAUUGAAAAUGACAUUUUCCCUUGCAACA